UUCGUCUCGUUAAACUGAACUUGAAUGUAUCAGUUAUAGUGGCAGAUGGAGUUGGCAGCUUUACCCAACAAGAAGGCUUAGAAAAUACUAAAAUGAAAACAAGGGUUUUUGGGUUUUUGAUUUUGCUGUUCCUUUUUCAUUUGCAAAUCUGGUUUUCUUAUGGAAAACUUAGUGGGGUUUGUGUUUCCAAAGGUGGUCGGUUUCCACCCUUCUCAUCUGAAGGGAAACCUCCAAAAAAGGUAAGCAGGGGUUCCAAAGAUUUAACUCUUUGCAGGGUGUUUCGCAGAAAGACUUGCUGUGAUGUAGCUCAGACGUAUCCUGCUUUGCUGUCCAUUAGGAGACUUGCUUCAACUGGGGAGGCCAGCCAAGAGUGCUUGCACUUAUGGGAAUUGCUGGAAUGUUCCAUUUGUGAUCCCCAGAUUGGUGUUCAGCCUGGACCUCCUCUUAUAUGCUCUUCUUUUUGUGACAGAGUCUAUCAAGCUUGCGCUAAUGCCUACUUCUCUAUGGACUCAAACAAACAGGUUCUAGCACCAUGCGGAGUAAAUGACUAUGUUUGUGGGAAGGCUGCUGAAUGGGUCUCCAAUGGCACAGAGCUCUGUCGCACUGCCGGUUUUGCUGUUAAAUUGUCUGAUUAUGUGCAUAUUGACACAGAAGAAGCAUCUUGCUAUGGUGGUAAAGCCAGCCUUGAUUCUAUUGCUGAAUCAUGGAAGGCUUCGCAUUCCGAGUUGCCUCAGAAACCUGGAAACUUAGGGAUUUUGGAAGAUUUCCAGCAGUGGGUGCAGGAAAUGCCUUUUAGUGAAAAGGUUUCUUGGGCAGUAGGAGGGAUGGUUCUUACUGCAGGGUUGUUGUUUUUAAGAAGGAAGAGUUACAGCCAGCGCCAGAGGCUAGCUGCUAUACAACGAACAGCAAGGAAACUGGAAGGCAAGGGCAAUGAGAAAUCCCCCAAUAUUCAAGGGAAUAGGAAAGGAAACCGAAGAUGAAUGCCCUGAACAUAAGCUUGAUAAUGUGUUAGUAUAAAGGUGAAUGAUAAAACUGCCACAAGGAUUUGAAAUAGUUUAUUAUUCUUUCCAUUUUCUUCUCUAUUGAAGAAAACUAGAUUUAUUAGUUUAUUCAAGUAGUCGGAGUCAGUUUCAAUUAUCAAAAUUUUCCUCCUCUCUUACAUGUUUUGCAGCUCCAGUUCAAAAUGGGCAGCUCUCAUAUCUAGGCAGUGUCUGACAAAUUUCUCUAAUGCUGGAUUUUGUUUGCCCUCAGUCAGCCUAUGCUUAUUGACAUGGAAAAGAGAAAGAAAGGGUUGUGUGCAUUAAAUUGUUUGUACAAUUACUCUUAUGUCAAACUUAAUAGCAUUUCGAAUCAAGGAAUUUUCUUGAUUUGAUAUAAAGGAGAUCUUAACCUCCCUUUUGAAUAAUUUGCAUAGUUUGUUUAAUUACACAACUUUUUCCAAUGCUACUUAAAGUUUUAAUUUUUCAUGUAAA